CGGGCUGGCGAUGGCGAGCCCAGCUGGGCCUGGCGGUCAUCGGCGCCCUCAGUGGCGUGGGAGCCUGGAGGGCCGAGACUGGCCGGGCGCGGCUGGAGUGGGCCGCCAUGUCCUUACUGGCCUUCGGCAUACUGGGAUGGUGGCUUGGGGCCUUGGGCCCCUGGACGACGCACGGCGGAGGCAGCAGCGGCGAGGAGAGCGACGAGGUGCGGCGCCUGCGCGAGGAGCUGGAGGCGCUGAGGGCUCGGCUGCCUGCCGACGGCGACGGAGGCGACGCGGGGGCCUCAGAGGCUGCCGCGGCGGACGCGGGCGACGCAGUCCCGCCUGGCCUCGCGGCUCCACUCACAGGAGGCUGGCCGCACGGGAUCCCGCCGCUAGGACCCUCGGCUGCCAGCGGAGGCGCAGGCACCGCGGCCGCUCCCGCAGGCUCGGCAGCGCUGGGCGACCUGGCGGCCUGGUGCGGCGCAGCUCCCGCCCACGGAGGGGCGGACGCAGGAUGCGGGCCGCCUCGGAUGCAUGCCCCGCUGUCGGACGGUGGUGCGACCAGGACGGCUGCGGCGCAGGUGAAGACGCUGUUGAGCGGGUUCGCCGCCGGGGCAAGGAGCGACCCCAUGUGGGCUCAGCGCUUCUGGGCGGCGGUGGCCGACCUGGAGGCAGCGGGGGCUCUCCCUGGGGCCGUGCUGGUGACCCUCAAGGGGUACGGCUACCUGGGCCGCGAGACGGCGGGAGCGCCUCGUCUGGGCGAGCUGCUGGCCGCGCUGGAGGCCAUGAGCACGGCGACCGUGCCCCUGGGAGGCUCGGGCGGCUUCGCCACGCCUGCCGGCGGCCUGGCCGCGUCGGGCGGCGGCAGCUGCGACAUGCGCUGGGGUGCGGCUUUGCCCCCAGACAUGCAGAGGGCGGCGCCAGAGAUCUACCGCGCCAUGCGCGCCGAGGGCAGCAGUGGUGCGCGGGACUGGCUGAGUGUUCGUUACACAGGGUCCCGCACGAGUGGCACGUGGACCGACCUGUGGACGAUGGCGACGGCUAUCGACUUCAAGCUCAGAACCUGCCAGAGCGACGAGGAGCUGAUGCGGACCCUCGGCACGGACGAUAUGCUCGAGCUGUCCCUCCGGAGGCUGGCUUCCUUCGUCUACGAGGUGAGGAGCGGCGACAAAGCGGGUGCCGCUCACAUGCUGGGAGUGGCCCCGCCUGGAGGGCAGACCGACAUCGCCCCGACCUGGCUCGUACAGGCGGCCUCCAGCCACAGCAAGCUGGAACACCAACGACGGGAGCGCGCCGAGGCAGAACUCCGCUCGAGGCGCAAGGCCGACAAGGGCAAGGACAAGGAUGGCAAGAGGGAGAAGAAGGGCAAGGGGGGCGGUGUAUGGGUGCCGACCGCGCACCCGGGCAAGGAGGCGUUCAAGGAGCUGAUGGAGGUCAUGCAGAUCUCCGAGAAGUUCUUGCCCAUCAGGUACCGCUCCAAGCUUCGAGUUUGGGAGUGGGCCAACCAGUUCCUCCGCGGGGUGAACUCGAUGUACGGAGGGGACUGUCGAGAACUCACACGCCGCCCUUUUGUUGGACCUUUGACGAUGAAGACUUGGGCGGCGAUCGAGCGCUCGCAUCGCCUAGCUUUGCGCGAGGCGAAGCGCAUGUGUCAGGCGCGCCGGGAUUUCGAUCCGACUGGCGUCCAGGCUCUGCUCGCAUUGGCGGGGCCCGCAGCGGAGGAAGAGUGCGGCCAGAGCAGGAGGGUCACGCCCCACGUGACGCUGAAGGCCUGGGCCGUAGACGAGCCCGUGUCGGACAGGAAGGUCAGGAUGCUGGAGGCCCUCGACCCCGAGGAGGCGACCUUCUACGAGCUGGAGAGCAACGUCAUGGCCGACCCGGAGACGCGGAGCCAGGUGAUCUUCAAGGAGCUGGAGACCAAGUACGGCUUCCUGGGGAUCCUGAUGACCUGCGCUUUCAACUACAUGACGAGGGAGGUGCAGGAGCGCGAGGAGCACGGCCUUCACGGGGGAGGAGCCCUCCUACGGCUGCACGCCGGUGGCGAUGCGAUCGCGGGGGCCGCGCUGGACGAGUCCAACGCUUUCUCCUACGUGGAGGUGCCGAGCUGGAUGUGGCCAUGGCAGGCCGCUCCCCCCGUGCUGGCGGCGGACGUGUGGGACCUCCUGGACGUCAAGCAGCAGCUGGAGGUGAGGCCGCAGGAGUGGAUCUACCCGAUGUGGACCCGCCUGGUCAUGGGCAACUCCCACUCGGUGCACGUGCUGAUGAAUAUCAACAUGAGGGUCGUGGGUAUGACGUUGCAUCACCACUUGAACAUCGGGAAGACCGAGGCUUUCGACUCAACCGAGGAGUGCCAGCUCUGCGCUGGCGGCGAGGACGAGGACUGGGUGGCGCGCCAGGCCCUGCGGCGCCAGGCGACCGCCCCGUCCGUCGGAUACGGAGUGCAGGAGUGGUGCAGCGUAGUACGGGCGGCGAAGGCGUCUCGCCGACGUGUGUUCGUGGUGCUGCACCUCUUCUCGGGCCCACGGCGCGCAGGCGACCUGGAGGAGCACCUGACCGAGCUGGGCAGGGACGAGGACCUGGAAGUCCUCGUGCUGUCGUGCGACCUCGGGUUCGACUCGCGCUGGGACCUGACCAAGCAGGACACCUUCGACCUCCUCAUGACGCUGAUCGAGGAGGGUUUGGUGGACGCGGUGGUCGGAGGCCCACCCUGUGCCACGUGGAGCCGCGCCCGCUUCGUCGACAUGGCGGGCGGACGAGGGCCGCGCCCCCUCAGGCGGCGAGGGAUGUGGGCUUGGGGAGUCCCAGCCCACACGCUGACCGCCUACGAGAAGCAGCGCCUGGACGAGGGCAACGUGGCCAUGCUGAACUUCCUGUCCUUCUGCGAGGCCGUGGCGCUUCGCGGAGGACUCUGGCUCAUGGAGCAUCCCGAGGACCCAGGGGAGGAUCCUUUCCCGUCGGUGUGGGCGACGGACUUGGAGCGAGCGCUGGAGGAGAGAACGGGGGCUACGAGAGCAGUCUUCGACCAGUGCACCUACGGCAGCCCCACCCGGAAGCCCACGUGUCUCGCCGGCAACUUAUACCACCUGGAGAUGCUCGACGGCCGCCGCUGUCGAGGAGACCACCGCCACGAAGUGAGCGUUGGGAAGCAAAACGGGAAGUUUGUUUCGGCCCGCCUGGCCGCCUACCCCGACAGGCUCUGCCGUGCGAUUGCCGGCCUCCUUGUGAUGAACUUCAAGAGGAUGCUGGCAGAAGGGAGCGGCCCUACGGGGCAUUUGAGAGCAGACAUCGCGGUCCGACGCAUAGGAGACUACUCGAGACGGACAGCGGGAGCCAAUUCCAAAGGCCUACUGGUGUUGAACGAAGUUUCGGCGAGGGGCAGGAACGCGAUCCUGCGAGAGGCGGACAUCGGCGUCUACUUGCACAUCGACGACUGCCUGUUCAUGUCCCAGCUGAAGGAGCGGCCCGAGUCGGAGUUGGAGUGCGACGUGGCCCUCCACAAGUCCGCCGAGGCGCUGGAGAGGAUCGGUUUCCUGGUCAAGGACCGUCGGAAGAGGGGCGAGAUGACCAAGAUCAUUGGUUACGAGCUGGAGGAGAGGCCGGCGAGGGCGCGGGUCCCUGCCGCGAAGGCCCUCCUGCUCUACCGCGCCCUGGAGCACCUCACCCGCCAGCACGUGGUGAACCUGGACAGCCUGAGGUCCGUCAUCGGCGUCUGGAUCUGGGCGGCGCUCGUGGCCAGACACUGGCUGGCCGCCCCCCAGCACAUCUUCGCCUUCGCCGCACUCGAGGGCCCGAGACGACGCCGGUGGUGGAGCUCGGCUCGACGGGAGGCAGUGGCCAUGAUGAGGGGGGUGAUGGGCCUCUACGCCGACUUGGGCGCGCCCUUCUACCCCGUCACCCUCGCGACGGACGCGGAGGGCGACAACGCGGUGGACGCGGGCGGCUUCGGAGUGGUCGGCGCCCUGCUUCCCGCGGAGGUCCAGGAGGCCAUGUGGGAGGCGGGGCUCAGACCAGGGAAGGCGCUGCUGCGCAACGGCCAGAUCGAGAAGGUGGUCAAGCGCGGCGUCCGCACCUUGAAGGCUUUCACUCCUGUGAGUGCGAUCCCCGCCGAGGCGCUGAGCUCAGACAUCGAGUGGACCGAGCUGCUGGCCGGGAGGUGGAGGUUUGCCGACCACAUCACCCUGGGCGAGGCUCGAGCCGCACUAGUGCCGCUGGAAAGGCUAGCCUGGGCGAGCCACGCCCACCGCACCAAAGUGAUGAGUAUGGAAGACAACAUGGUAACUGCUUGGGCGUUCGCCAAGGGGAGGUCGACCUCUGGAGGCCUCAACUACGUACUACGGAAGCGAGCGGCGCUCUCGGCCAUCACAGACAUACGGCAGCACCUACCGUGGGUGGACACGGAGAGGCAGCCCGCCGAUCAGCUCUCACGAUCGAGACCAUGUUUCGACGCUUUCUCGAAGGAGCCCAGGCCCGAGGGGCCGCCAGCAGCCGCAGUCGACCCCCACCUGGAGGGCAGGGUCACCGCGAAGACGCUGGACCACUAUAAAGUUGCAGCCGCCCGCCUGGUGUCGUGGCGCCAGCUGCACCACGCGUCUCCGUGGACACCGGACGAGUGGGACGACGCGCUGAUUGAAUUCAAACAUAGCCUACGCGAGGAGCUGACGAGGGCGCAGUUCAUCACCACCGUCAGCGCGCUGGAGUUCCGUUUCCCGAGGCUGAAGGGCAAGCUGGCCUGCGCGCGCGCCGCCAUCAGAGGAUGGACGAUCCUGAACCCUGUCAGGCACACCGUCCCCAUGACGUCGAGACCGAGCAGAUGGAUGGCAGUACAGAUCGCCAGCCGAGGACGGCCGCGCCUGGGCGCAGGCGUCGCGCUCCAGGCCCACGUGGGCCUGCGGCCGUCCGAGAUGCUGGGGCUCACGGUGGACGACCUGACCUUCCCAGAGGUCUAUCGGAGGGAGCUCAUGGAGAUCCAGAAGGGGCACGGGCUCGACACAAGGGGCCAGCUCGAGGGGCUCACGAUCAUCGCCAGCCUCCUGGUCCAAGCGUCGCCAGCGGCCCAGGCGCCCGUCCCGCCGCUGCCCUGUGGGGCCUCCUGGCGGGCGGAGACGCCGCCAGCCGCCGCGGCGCCGCCUGGGGCCGCGGCCGGGGGGAUCGCGCCCAUGCAGCUGGCCGCGCCAGUGGAGCAGCCCGCCACCGUGCCGCGGGGGAGCGCGGCCGUGCCUAGGGCACCGCCACGCCGCCGCGGCUGGGCGCACUGGCUGGGUGGCCUAGCCGCCGCACGCGCGGCGUCUUCGAGGCACCUGAUGAUGCUGCUCGCCAUCCUGGCGGUCCUCCCCGCAGCCCUCUUUCCGACGGCGACGAGGGCGGUGCGCGCAGCCACCGACCUUGUGGAGGGCGUGGGAGGAGCCGCCAGCAGGGUGCUCGCGUCGGGCGCCAACGUGACCGACUCGGCGGCCAAGUUCGUGGCGGCCAUCACGGAUGGCUCCCUCUCCUUGGGCGAGACGGCGUGGCGCGGCUACGACCUGCUGAACGUAUCGGCCACCUGUAAGUCAGGGCGCCUCUUCCUCGACUCGGGAGAGGACAUCGAGGCGCUCGUGCUCAGCGAGAAGGGGAGCAACAUCCUGCAGCUCCCCGCCGAGUGGACCCAGGAGCUGGUGGCGGCCAUACGUGUCGUGGCGCCUGGGCGCCCCGUGGUGGACAGUGACUACCAGAAGUUUCACCCGAAUGGCGACUUCCAGUCGCUCAGCAUUCAGGUCCGCUGGUUGAGGACGGGCCACGUGGCUCUAGCCUGGCGCGCGGCGAACGUGACUUUUCGACCCCGCUGGGCGAAUCCGACCUGGGCGCUGAUGGGCUACGACUUCGGACCUCAGGCUUCAGAGAUAGGACGGACGUUGCAAUCCCUCGUGCAAGACACGAUGGCGCCGCCCAACCUGAGCCUGACAAUCGCAGACAUCGAAGAUGCCCCAG